UUCUGCAACUGGAGCACACUGGGCGUGUGCGCCGCGCUCAAGCUGCCGCAGAUCAACGCCGUGAGGGAGGCGCGCAGCGCGCGGGGCAUCAGCCUCCCGAGUUUGCUGCUGGAGCUGGCGGGGUUCCUGGUGUUCCUCCGGUACCAGUGGUACUACGGGUACCCGCUGCUGACCUACCUGGAGUACCCCAUCCUCAUCGCCCAAGAUGUCAUCCUCCUGCUCUGCUUCUUUCACUUCUCCGGGAACGUGAAACAGGCGGCUCCGGUCAUGGCUGUCUUGGUGUCUUCCUGGUUCGUCCUCGGCCUGCAGAAGUGGAUCAUUGACCUGGCCAUGAACUUCUGCACGUUCAUCAGUGCGGCCAGUAAGUUUCUGCAGCUCCACUACCUGUGGAAGACCAGAGACGCGGGGGCCGUGAGCGCGCUCUCCUGGGGCCUGGCGGCGUACACUUGUGCAACAAGAAUAGUGACAACCUUAAUGACCACCAACGAUUUUACAAUUCUGAUUCGCUUUGUGGUCAUGCUGUUUUUAAACCUGUUGGUGACAGCCACCGUCCUGCACUACCAGAAGACUGUGAAGGCUGAAUGAUGGCGCACACCCCCACACAGAGCCAUGGAGGAGUCCGACCUGGUGGGGCUCCAGGAUCUCUUUGAACCUUCAACCUUUGAGCACAGCCUUGGUCGGCUCAGCACAUUGGCAAGGCUGCUGCU